UGAAGGUGUCGUAAUUGUGUCACGGUGUCUUCAGGGCGACAUAAUAGCGCCGAAUCUCCUGGACUGAUUGAUCAACACAUUGGAUUAGUAAAGUUGAGUGGUGAUUGUUUUGCGGAACCUAAGGUUAAUAUAAAGCACGUGAAUUCCCUGGCUUGAUCGAUCAAAACGCCUGUGCAACUGAGACCUAUCAACUCCCGUCUAUCAUCGUCUCGGACGCAGUUUCUGAGUAUCUAGUUAGCCAUGACAUCGCAUCCUGAGUGGGACCAACAAACGACGGGCACUGAAGUCGUCAAGGCGUUUGCAGACGCGAUCAAGGGAAAGAAUGUCGUAAUCACCGGGGUGUCGCCAGGGGGCAUCGGGUCGGCCACCGCGCUUGCAGUUGCUUCCCAGGCGCCCAACCACCUCAUCCUCGCCUCGCGAACAGCCUCGAAGCUUGAGGAGGUCAUAGCGGAUAUCAAUCAGAAGUACCCUGGCGUCAAGGCCGUGCCGGUCCGCCUCGAUCUGGGCUCCAUUGACUCCAUCCGCGAUGCAGCCAGCAAGAUCGAGUCGCUCCUGGUGGGCGAGGAAAUUAACGUCUUGAUUAACAAUGCCGGCGUCACAGACAAGACCCGCGCCCCAAUUACCACGCCCGACGGUACGCGCCUGGACAAGCAGUUCUUUGUCAACCACAUCGGCACCUUCCUGCUCACCAACCUCCUGACGCCUCUGCUGCAGAAAGCCGCGGCUGGCUCCCCUAGCGGCGCAACCCGCGUCGUCAACGUAAGCAGCCACGGCCACCGCAUUUCGCCCAUACGGUUCUCUGACUACGCUCUGGACAAAUACGGGUCCGACGAGGCCAUCCCCGAGGCGGAGCGAACUCACCCCGAGACGCCUGCUUUCUUGUUGAAGGGCAUGGACGAUGAAGGUUUCCCGGGCUUCGUGGCGUACGGGCAGAGCAAGACCGCCAACAUCUUACACGCGACCGAGCUGAGCCGGAGACUUAAGAAAAGCGGCGUUGUGGCCUUUUCCAUUCACCCAGGUUUCAUCGAGACGGACUUGGAUCGCAGCCUCGACAAGGAGUUUUCCGACGCCUUGAAGGCCAUGGCGGCGAAUGGGUUCAAGACCCUUGACGGGGGUGCUGCGACAACGCUCGUAGCAGCAUUCGAUCCGGCAUUAGGUCAGGUCGAUGUCGGCGUUGAGGUGACUGGGUACCUCUCAGACUGUCAGCUGAGUGAGCAAUUGGUUCGCGACCAUGCCAAGGACCCGGCUAUCGCGAGGAGACUGUGGGAAGAGACUGAAAGAAUGCUACAAAUUAGCAAGUAAGCAAGGUCUUACUCUGGUCAUCGAGUUCAAGUGCCGUAAGCAUAACUCUAGGAAGUCGUUAUAGUACAAUAUUAGAUUAGUGUAUGGUUUGGGACUGUGGCAGGAUUCCGACGCCCUGGUUUAACUUCCACACUCGUGCUAUUAGACUGUGUUUGGGUCCG